AUUGACCUUUUGACGUUGCUCAAAGCUCGAAUUCGGCUCGACUUAACCUCAAAAAUAAAAUCGGUGCACCCUUUCUUUUUUUAUUGUGUUUUGCUCUGGUAUAGUUAAUUUGGCAUUUUCCACUUUUUUUCACAUAUUUUAAUAUAUAAGUGACAAGAUGAACACUAACAUGUCAGCAAGAGAAGUCCGAAAUGCCUACAUAGACUUUUUCAAAGAAAAGAAUCAUACUUAUUACCAUUCCUCAUCAGUAAUACCUUUAGAUGACCCCACAUUAUUGUUUGCAAAUGCUGGUAUGAACCAGUAUAAGCCCAUUUUCUUGGGCACUGCCGAUCCUAAUAGCGAUUUAGCUAAACUAGUUAGAGCAGUAAACACGCAGAAAUGUAUCAGAGCCGGAGGCAAACACAAUGACCUAGAUGAUGUUGGAAAAGAUGUUUACCAUCACACAUUUUUUGAAAUGAUGGGUAAUUGGUCAUUUGGAGAUUAUUUUAAGAAAGAAAUUUGUGCUUGGGCAUGGGAAUUUUUAACUGACAAGCUUAAAUUGCCUGGUGAACGAAUUUACGUCACUUAUUUUGGAGGAGAUGAGAAAGCAGGGCUGGAACCUGAUAACGAGUGCAAAGAGAUCUGGCUUAACCUUGGUUUGCCUCCAUCUCAUGUUAUUCCUGGAUCAAUGAAAGAUAAUUUCUGGGAAAUGGGUGAAACUGGACCUUGUGGUCCCUGUUCUGAGUUACAUUUUGACAGAAUAGGAGGUAGAGAUGUUCCAGAACUAGUUAAUCAGGACGAUCCAGAUGUACUCGAAAUAUGGAACCUUGUGUUUAUACAAUAUAAUAGGGAACAAGACGGUACUUUAAAGGCAUUGCCCAAAAAACACAUUGAUUGUGGUUUGGGAUUAGAAAGAUUGGUGUCAGUUAUUCAAGAUAAACGGUCCAACUAUGACACUGAUCUUUUCACCCCAAUUUUUGAGGCUAUCCAGAAAGGUACAGGCGCACCUGCAUAUCAAGGAAGAGUGGGAGAAGCAGAUACUGAUGGCAUUGACAUGGCUUAUAGGGUCUUGGCAGAUCAUGCCAGAACAUUAACCAUUGCUUUGGCUGAUGGAGGAAAUCCUGACAACACUGGCAGAGGGUAUGUAUUAAGGAGAAUUCUUAGAAGAGCUGUGAGAUAUGCCACAGAAAAACUCAAUGCGAAACCAGGAGUUUUCGCUACUCUUGUGAAUACAGUAGUUGACAUCCUUGGUGAUACUUUCCCAGAAGUUAGAAAAGAUCCCCAAUAUAUAAUCGAUACGAUUAAUGAAGAAGAGACGCAGUUCUUAAAAACAUUGAGCAGAGGACGGAAUUUACUGAACAGGACUAUUAUAAAGUUGGGAGAGUCGAAAGAAGUGCCCGGGGACGUAGCUUGGAGGUUAUAUGAUACCUAUGGUUUCCCUGUUGAUUUAACCUCACUGAUGUCUGAAGAAAAAGGUCUUAAAGUUAACAUGGAAGCUUAUGAGGAGGCUAAAAAACAGGCACAACUAAUUUCUCAGGGUAAAGGGGCUGGUGUAGCCGAUACUAUUAACUUGGACAUUCAUGCCAUCACUGAACUACAAAAUUUGGGCGUGCCGCCGACAGAUGAUUCCCCCAAAUAUAAUUAUGAAGCCAGUGAGAAACUUGAUGAUGUUUACAAGUUUGGCGCCUGUGAAGCCACUGUGAUAGGAUUGAGGUAUAACAAGCAGUUUGUAGAUGAAGUGUCAAGUGGUCAAGAAUGUGGUGUACUACUUGAUAAAACUAACUUUUAUGCAGAGCAAGGGGGACAAAUUUAUGAUACAGGUUUCUUGGUUAAAUCAAACGAUGAAAGUGUAGAAUUCUCCGUUAAAAACGUGCAAGUCCGUGGCGGUUACAUUAUCCAUAUCGGCAACAUCGAAGGCACCCUGAAAAAGGGCGACAAAGUAAACCUACUAAUUGACGCUGAGAGGAGAAGGCUUAUCAUGAGCAACCAUACAGGAACGCAUAUUUUGAAUUUCGCUUUGAGAAAAGUUUUGGGUACAGAGGCGGAUCAAAGAGGGUCUUUGGUCGCACCAGAUAGGCUAAGGUUUGAUUUUACCAAUAAGGGAGCAAUGACAGCGGAUCAAGUAAAAGCUACCGAGCAAUCUUCGAAAGAUCUUAUUGCUAAAAACGAUAAGGUUUAUGCUAAAGAGGCUGAUUUGGCAACAGCAAAAACUGUUAGGGGAUUAAGAGCCGUGUUCGAGGAGACUUACCCGGAUCCAGUUAGAAUCGUUUCAGUUGGCAUUCCAGUGGAAGAUCUGGAAAAAGACCCCUUCAGCCCAGCAGGCGAUGGAACUUCUAUAGAAUUCUGUGGUGGAACUCACGUCAAAUAUGCAGGUCACAUUGGUGAUUUUGUGAUAAGCAGCGAAGAAGCCAUUGCCAAAGGAAUUAGGAGAAUCGUGGCAUUAACUGGGCCAGAGGCCACCAAAGCUUUGAAGAGAAACGAAGUGUUAGAAAACAGACUAAACGAAAUCAAAUCCCUAAUCGACUCUGAUAAAGACGGAGCCAAAUCUAAGGAACAUGUGAAAAAAAUCGUUGAAUUAACAGACGAAGUAUCCCAAGCAGUGAUCCCUUACUGGAAGAAAGAGGAAAUCAGAAACACCCUUAAAACCUUAAAAAAGACCUUGGACGACAAAGAUAGAGCCGUAAAAGCUGCCAUUGCCAACAAAGUCGUCGAUGAGAUAAAAGAGUUCGUUAAAGAGCAUCAAAAUUUACCCAUACUGGUUAAAGAACUGAAGGCUUUUAGCAACACCAAGGCCUUAGAUAGCGCGUUGAAACAAGUUAGAUCGCUUUCACCUUCAACCGCUGCACUUUUCGUCUCGGUAGAUUCGGACGCAAACAAGAUUUUCUGCCUUUCUUCGGUACCAAAAGAAAGCAUAGAAAAAGGCCUUAAAGCUAAUGAGUGGGUACAGUCAGUAGCGCAGAAGAUCGGAGGAAAAGGGGGUGGAAAACCCGAUUCCGCCCAAGCCAGUGGCUCGAAUUCUUUGCCGGUCGAUGACGUGUUAGAUUUGGCAAAGAAGUUUGCCGAAAGCAAGCUGAAUUGAUAAACGAAAUUUAUUUUUGUCUAUUCUGCAUUUAGUUAAGUAAAUUAUUACUCUUUAUAUUUAAUAUUUUGGCCAUGUUAUUACUGUUAGCUUUUGCAAAGGCACUUUUAUACCUUUAUUGUCAAUACAAUAGUUGUUUUGGCAGAUAAUAAAUAAAUAAUACGAAA